CAACCACAGCGACAAUGACAACGACGAUGACAAUGACAACGAUGAGGACGCGCACGCGAUUUCCACUCAUCCUCGUCCUCCUCCUCUGCUGCCUCUUGUUCCCGCUGUUCGUCGCUGUGCAGGCAGAGGUGACGCUGAACGAGGACGAGCACGGCGCGUUCCACAUCAACACGAACGACCCUGUGCGCCAGGCCGUACAUUUCAAUGGCGUCGAUGUGCUGGCGUUGCUGCGUUCACAGCAGAGCACCAUCGCCGGUCACGGCGCCGCCAUCACGGAGCAAAACGCGUUGUUGGACCGGCUCGAAGCAGACGCGGCGGCGCAGACGGCAAAGGUGAAGCAGUUGAGGGCGGCGACGUGCCGCGCCUUCCCGCCGUCCGUGUCUGCCUCCGUGCUGUCAGGCCUCGGCGCCAACAGCAACGUGUGGUUUGAGGGUGUGAUGGCGAACAACGGCCUCAUCUACGGCAUCCCAAGCGACGGCCCCGCCGUGUACAUCAUCGACCCCGAGACCAGGGCCGUCAACCUCGAGCUGCUCAGCCCUUUUCCCGCCUCCCCCAUCAAUCAGGAAACCUUCAAGUGGUCUGGCGGCGUGCUGGCGCGCAACGGCCGCAUCUAUGCCAUUCCGCUCCGCGCCACCGCCGUGCUGGUCAUCGACCCCGAAACACACACCCUUGACCUGACGAGCAUGGCCGGGUUCACCCCGAACCAGCAAGGGCUGUGGUUUGACGGCGUGGAGGCCAACAACGGCCUCAUCUACGGCAUCCCCUACAGCUCCUCUGCGGUGCUCAUUGUUGAUCCCGACAACCACAUCGCCGACAACACGACCAUCGUCGGCCUCGGCGACGCCGCGUUCAAGUGGUCCGGCGGCGUGCUUGCAGGCAACGGCAAGAUUUACGGCGUGCCUGCGGCAGCAACCAGCGUGCUCAUCAUUGACCCGGCCAGCAACACCGUGGACACGACGACCCUGUACACGGGGAUGGCGGAAAUCACCGCAAAGUGGAGCAAGGGCGUGCUUGCAGGCAACGGCAAGAUCUACAGCAUGCCCUACAACGCCCCGAGCGUCCUCGUUAUCGACCCCGUCGCCAACACCGUGGACACCACCAGCAUGGCAAACGUGUCACCGCACGGCACGGCGUGGCUCAGCAACGUUUUGGCCGACAACGGAUACAUUUACGCCGCACCUUUCAACAUCUCCGCCAUCGCCAUCAUCGAUCCGUUCACCGACACCAUUGACCUGACGCUCAAGCCCCUGCCGUCCACGGGGUUCAGGUGGACCAGUGUUGUGCGCGCGCCAAAUGGGAAGCUCUAUGCGCCGCCGUACUCCCGCAAGUAUCCGUACCUCCUCAUCAUCGACCCUGGCUGCUGAGGGUUGCGCGAAACAACGAAACGAGGAUCUGCGGGAACUGCGGGAACUGGGGAAAGCAAGACUAGAGGAGCUGAAGAGGGUGGUGGCUGCAAGUGAGAGGAUAGGCUGCGUGACGGCGAGCCAGGAGCACAGAACUGCCCGUUUGUCUGUGUCUCAAGGAUGAAGAUAGCGUUGAUACUGAAGGAGUUUGUUCUUGCACUCGAGUCAGUUGCGUAUGCACUUGUAUGUUAGUUUGAGUUUGUAGUUGCACACGAGUGCAAUGCGAUUACAUAUUCCGUUCAC